UACAAAAUUAGACAUGGCGCGCCUCAACAAGAUUCCGCAAGUGUUCAAUAUAUUAUUUUAUUUAUUUGUAUUAUUAUGUUGUUUUACAAGAUUAGCGAGUGCAAAUGUAGAAUUAGAUGAAGACAAUUGGAGACAAAUACUCGAUGGGGAAUGGAUGGUCGAAUUUUACGCCCCCUGGUGUCCCGCGUGCAACGCCCUCGCACCGGCAUGGAAGGAUCUAUCCAACCGCGCCAGGAACAAGAACUUGGUGAUGAAGGCGGCGGCCGUCGACGUCACCAAGUCGCCGGGGCUCAGUGGCCGAUUUGUGGUCACAGCGCUGCCCACGAUAUUUCACGUAAAGGAAGGUGAAUUCCGUCAAUACAAGGGUCCACGUGAUGCAGACGCGAUGAUCGAUUAUGUAGAACGUGGCAAGUGGAAGAAGACAGACGCCAUACCUUCGUGGAAAGCACCGCAUUCCUUCCAGAUGGGUCUCGUUGCACACUUCUUCAAGCUCAGCCAGGCCUUAAGGGGUGUUCACACCAUGCUUAUGGAGACGUAUGGUCUGCCGACGUGGGGCUCCUACCUCAUCUUCGCCAUCGCCACAAUAUUCGUCGGAGCUCUACUCGGAUUGUUGUUGGUCUGCGUAAUAGAUCUCCUCUAUCCACCGAGGAGGCCUGAGAAGGUGCUGGUGAGCCAGGCAGAGGUUGACAGGAAGCGCGAACAAGACGGGAGGAAGUCUGAUGACGAUCAGGAGUUAAUUAACGACGACAUCGUCGACGACGCAGAACUACUAGACAGCGACGCAGAGAAGAACUCGCCCAGCGAUACCUCGGAAGACGACAAGGAGAAGGCGGGCGGCGACGACGCCAAGUGCGCCGACAAGCCCGAGCUGCGCAAGCGCCGGUCGCGCAAGGCGGACUAGGCGGGGGGGGGCGUCGCGGGGGACAUGUUGUUACUGAGUGAGGGAGCCCGUCUAAAUUUGUUUUGAAAGAUGCGAAAUGUUAUUUUGUUGAAACGAUUACAUCCUAAAGGAUUAUGUAAUUUAAUAUAUGAAAUAAAAUUAUAUUUAAACGGCUUAAAUAUAUAAAUAAUAGUUUACAAAGAGAUUGUUACAAAUUAUUCAAUGAAAUAUACAAUAUGUAUUAUAUGACAAAUGAACACUGAAAUAACAAAUAAAAUCGAACGUUUAAAUACUGAAUUUAUUAUAUAAAGUAACUUAUAACAUAGUCAUAUAAUGUUAUAUGUAUAAUUGCGUCUAACAUCGUUAAGGCUUUUUUUACCAAGACAUAGUUAUAAUCACGAACACUUCAAACUCUUAACACUAAUGUAUUAUUAUUCUAUUUUUAAUAGCAAGCUCUUAGUCGGCACUCGAGUCAUCGGUUUGCGGAUCUGUCAUGACGUUUCGAUGACGACGACAAAUUAUUUCUAUCAAGUAUUGUAUUGUUUCGACUCUUAUCGAUAAAAUUUUCAAAUUUGAUAUCGAUAAAUCUCUUACCUGUUAUAUUAAAAUGUUCAAUAAAUAAUACGUUUUUAUAUUUCAAUAAAUUACAGUUAAAAUAUUAUUUGUAACGCUCAAUACAUAUGUGCAUUUAUUUCGAAGAGAUUUCAGUUAGCGUAGGCCUUGCUUGUGCGUGUCGUUUGAUGGUUACUUAAACAAUGUUUUGUCUCUUUCUCGCAUCGUUGAUUGACAUUAGAAAGAUGAAGUGGUAAAUCAAUGUGUGUAAUGAAAAAUUGAAAUUAUGUUAGGGUUGUCACUAAUGGUUGAACAAAAAAAUUGCACCGACUUUUUUAUUCGAAGUAAGCCACUUGCACCGUUGCUAUAAAAGUAUUAUUUUUAGUAUUAAAGUAUAAUAUAAUUUCAUUUUAUACACAGUUAACGAAAUAUUUCAUGAUUCGAUAUUCUUUUACAUUCCCAGAUAUAAAACGAUUUAUAUUUACAAAGCUUCCUAAAUAUCUCAUUUUAAAAGAACGCUGAAGUCUUAUUAAUAAUCUUUUUCUAGGUUUAAUGAAUAAAAUAUAUAUGUUACGGCGUCGUGUGGAAGGACAGCAGGAAUUAAACUGCGUUUUUUAUAACAAAAAUAUAUUAUAAUCUCAGUUUGAGUGUGAUGUUUGUUGUCGAGUGCCGUUGUUGACAAAAUUGCCUUGUACAAAGACUAGACUAUUUUAAUGUUGCGACUGUAUUUAACAACUAGUGGCUCGCUAAUAAAAUAAUUGUAUUUAUA